CUCACACUGUGUUUUGGGGCUUGGAGAGAUAACGUGUGAAAUGGAGACGCAAGCACUCUCUCUAGCUGGCGUUGUUUUGGUUGGCAGCGGGAAUGGCAUGUAGGACGAAGACAGCAGGAGGAGGAGAUUUACUGAAAUAAGACAGAAAUGCCCACGAAGGGUGGAGAGGAAGGAGUGAUUUCACGUUGGACCAUUCACUGGAGCUCUCCCUGCCGGGGGCUUUGGACUGCAUUCAGCCAGCCAGCCAGAGGGGAGCAUCCAGCCGGAGCAACCCAGCUCGUCCCAUUGCAUCCUGUUGACAACCGCAUGGCUGAAGUGACUGUGACAUGCCUGCUGCUGAUCUCUGCUCUCUGGCUGCCUGGCGGUGAGAGCUACAAUACUGAUCUGAAGGAGCCCCGGGGCCAAAUGGAAGAGGCUGCCCUCCGUCCCAAGAGAAGCCCGAGAUUCUGCUUUCCGAACCCGUGUAAGCACCAGGGAGUCUGCCGGGUAGUUGAGGAGAAACCAAACUGCACCUGCAAGGCUGGCUUCACUGGGACAUUCUGUCAAGAUGUGGUGCUCAAGCUGCAGUGUGAGGAAGAUCACAUGAAGAUGAUGGUGAGAAAGGAAGUGUUUGAAGUAUUAAAAAUCCCCUUGGCGCGGGUCCACUUGAAGAACGGUGCUUGCAAGGUCUCUGAAAAGACGGAAGAUGGAGCAAUCUUCUUUGCAGCCAUUCUCACGGGCGAGAACCAUACCCUGUGUGGGUCAGUGAUUCAGCAAAACAGGUCACACGUGUCUUACGCCAACGUGAUAGAGUCCGACAUGGAGGCCACGGGCGUGAUCUCCAGAAGCAGCCUUGUGCAAGUGCAUUUCUCCUGCAUCUACUCCUAUGAGCGGGUGGUCCAGCUGCCCUUCUCCCUUACUGCCAUCGACACGCUGGUGAAGUUCGUGGUCAAAGAGGGGGAGUUCAAUGUGACUAUGGCCUUGUACGAGACCUCGGCUUACCUGCAGCCCUACCGGCAGCAGCCCCCGGCCCUCCCGCUGUCGGAGUUCCUCUACAUCCUGCUGCAGCUGGAAGGCCAGAGCCAGGUGCGGUACUUCCUGCUGAGCGUCGAGGACUGUUGGGCCACCCCGUCAGCAGAUCCCAGCCAUGACGUGCAGCACCAGCUCAUUGUGAAGGGGUGUCCCCGUGAUGAGACCGUGACGUACAUCAAUGCCAUCGGAAACAGCACCGUGGCAAAGUUCAGCUUCCAGAUGUUCCAAUUCAUCAACUACUCGGAGGUGUUCCUGCACUGCCGAGUCCGCCUGUGCCUCCCCGAUGGCCCCGAACCCUGUGCAAAGCAAUGUCCCAGGAAGUCGAAGAGCAAGAGGGCACUGGAGGAGGACUACAAGAAGAUUGUCUCUUAUGGACCCAUCCAUCUCCUCGCCUCUCCCCUUUCUGGCGCACGGAAUGCUGAGUCGGGGACAAAACUGCAGGACCUCUGGGGCCCACAGCUGUGGAUUCCUGGUGCCCUGGUAACGCUGAUCAUAGCUGGCCUCUUUGUUCUGGUUGCUAUAGCUAAAGCCAUGAAGAAAUGAGUGAUGCCAAGAGAGCACAAUUCCUAAAUAAACCUGCCACUUGCAAAGAGAA